AUGCCGAGAGAACUCGACAACGCCGCGCCCGAGAUCUACGCCACGGCUGGAACUGGGCGAGAGGAGGGGCUGUGGGCCGACGCAUUCGAGGACCCCCUUCAGCCCUCCGAUGAGGAGAGGGAAGAGAUUGACUCCCAGGAAGUCUUCGACCUUAUACGCUCCGUCACCGACCCCGAGCAUCCCGUGUCGCUCGAGCAGCUCCGCGUCGUCUCGCCCGAGGACGUCCAUGUGCGCGGCAACCGCGUGCUCGUGUAUCUUACUCCUACAAUCCCGCACUGCUCCAUGAGCACGCUGAUCGGCCUUUCUCUCCGCGUGCGUCUGCUUCGCGCUCUGCCUUCUCGCUACCGCGUUGACCUCCGCAUCAAGGAAGGCACGCACCAGUCCGAGCAUGCUGUCAACAAGCAGCUGAACGACAAGGAGCGUGUUCAGGCUGCUCUUGAGAACAGGCACCUGCUCCAGGUCGUGGAGGGCUGUCUCGCCACCGCUGGGCGGCGUGGUGCGACUGGCUGCGACGCCGACGAUCACACCGGCCACAACCACUAG